AUGUUUGGAGCGAGAAACCCAAGCAUCGGGAGUUCCUAUCUAGGCCAACUCUUGCACUAUGGGACUCGAGGAAGUACGAUCCUUGUCACCACAAGGAAUGAUAGUGUUGCAUUGGCCAUGCACGCCAUUGCAACUCAUCGUCUAGACCUAUUACCAGAGAAUGAUUGUUGGUCCCUUUUUGAAAAACAUGCAUUUCGUCGUGGUAGCUCCAAUGCAAAUCCAAAGAUAAAAGAAAUAGGUACGCAAAUUGUGGAAAAGUACAAAGGUAUACCUUUAGCAAUUAAGGCCAUUGGCGAUCUCUUGGGGUCUAAAUCAGAUCAUGCCGAGAGAUAUUGGACAACCAUAUUGAAGAGCAACUUAUGGGAUGUUCCCAUGGAGAAGACGAACAUUAUUCCGGCUUUGUGGUUAAAAGGUUUCUUGCAACAAUCCGAAAUAGAAACUAUGGAAGAAGUUGGCAAUGGUUACUUCAAUGAUCUUGUAUCAAGAUCAUUAUUUCAACAAUCAAGUUGUUUAUUUAAGCCAGGCUUUGUAAUGCAUGAUCUUGUCAACGACUUGGCAAAAUCCGUGACUGGGAAAUUUGGCUUUACAAUGGAGUUUGAUAGCUCAAAAGAAAUUGGAGAGAUGACUCGCUAUUUAUUGUGUUUCAACGUACGUAGUUCUGGCAUUGAGAAGAUUGAAAAGCAUCUUUUCAAGGCCAAGCAAUUGCGCACUCUCUUGGUAAUAAAUUUGUCAAUGGGCUAUUUAUCAUCUUUGAAUGAUUACUUUAAGAAGAAUGGAGAGGAUCUCUUGGUUGCCUGA